GGACAGAGAAGCCGGGACCCCACCAAGCUGAAGCGUGGGAACCGGGUCAGUCAGGCUGAGUGACACGACAGGCGGGACCUGACAGGAAAAAUGGGACGGAGCGACAGAAGAGGGGCGCUGCCAGCGUCCUAACCGGAGAGAAUUACCCUCUGUACAUCCGAAGCACUCCCACAGAGAAUGAGCUCAAGUUCCACUACAUGGUGCACACGUCCCUGGAUGUGGUAGAUGAGAAGAUCUCUGCCAUGGGGAAAGCACUGGUGGACCAGAGGGAGCUGUACCUGGGCCUGCUCUACCCAACUGAGGACUACAAGGUAUACGGCUAUGUGACCAAUUCCAAGGUGAAAUUUGUCAUGGUGGUGGAUUCCUCCAAUACAGCCCUUCGAGACAACGAGAUCCGCAGUAUGUUCCGGAAGCUGCAUAACUCCUACACGGAUGUGAUGUGCAACCCCUUUUACAACCCGGGAGACCGCAUCCAGUCAAGGGCCUUUGAUAACAUGGUAACUUCGAUGAUGAUCCAGGUCUGCUGAGCCGGACCUCUCCCCCAGGCACCUGGAAGAGAGAAGCCUGUAUUCACCCCUGUUUGAUGACUAUUUAUUCCCUUUCGUCCCCCUGAAUGUAAGCCGUGGGCAGGGUCGUGUGCCCUGUGCCUUUCUACUAAAGGGCUCACACAUGA